AUGCCCGGGUUGCACGCCUCUCGCCUGCUGCGCUACAUUGGACAAGCAGAGUCGGAUCCGCUGGCGGGCCACAACAGGGGCUCAAAGACCCAGAGACUCUCCGUUUUGAGUUGCAAUCAGUUUAUCCUUGUUUAUGCCCUCACCACUUCUAGCCAUUGGCUCGCUCUCUUCUUCCCCUUCCACUCUUUCUGCUUUGAAGGGUUGCAUGAGGUAAAAGGUUUUGGAUUCUUGGAAAGUUUCAACCUUUCUCUUGUUUUCCCCUCAGAACAAAUUGAUGCUUUAUCCGAUCAGCACAUUGUCCAUGUGGCCUGUGGUGAGUCUCAUAAUGUGGCGCUUAGUGACCAAGGCCAGCUUUUUUCCUGGGGCGCAGGAAGUGAUGGGCAGUUGGGCCUUACAACGACGGAAGAUGCUGUAACGAUUCCAAGGUUAAUAAAAAAGCUGAACCAAGAGAUGAUCCUUCAGGUCUCGUGCGGGAACUGGCAUUGUCUGGCUCUAGCAGCUGAUGGACAGUUCUUUGCAUGGGGACAGAACAACCACGGACAGCUUGGGCUCGGUAAAGAAUUCCCUUUGCAGGACAGUCCUCAACGUGUCAGAUCGCUUGACGGGGUUCCUCUGUCUCAGGUGGCUGCAGGUGGAGCCCACAGCUUUGCUUUGUCCCUCUCAGGAGCUGUGUUUGGCUGGGGGAAGAACACCUCCGGACAGCUGGGUUUGAGUGACGAGAAAGAUCGGGAAUCUCCUUGCCAUGUGAAACUUUUAAGGACUCAAAAAGUUGUCUACAUCAGCUGUGGAAAUGACCAUACUGCUGUUCUGACAAAGAGUGGAGGAGUGUUUACCUUUGGUGCUGGUUCAUGUGGGCAACUUGGUCAUGAUUCAUUGAAUGAUGAAGUCAACCCUAGAAGAGUUUUGGAACUGAUGGGCAGUGAAGUCUCCCAGAUCGCUUGUGGUAGACAGCACACUCUAGCCUUUGUGCCUUCUUCAGGAAUGAUCUAUGCAUUUGGCUGUGGAACUAAAGGCCAGCUGGGAACUGGACGCAUCUGCAGUCUUAAAUGUCCUUCUCCAGUCAAAGGCCAUUGGGCAGCUUAUGAUGAGCAGAUCUCUGAUAGAGCAGAUGCCUGCCCGUAUUAUAUUGUUAAACAUAUAUUCUCUGGAGGAGACCAAUCAUUUGUAAUUUGCUCAGAAAAAGAGAAUUCUCUACCAGCUGAUGAUUUCCGGACCAUAGAUCACAGUGACCACACCUGUUUGAUUAAUGACAACACAAUAGACAUGUGGAGGCAAAAGCUUUCUGAAAGAAAUAACUCUAAUUCGGUGAAUGAGGUUGUUCAGAUCUUAUCUUCACCAGCUUGCUGGAACGGAAGCUUCCUUGAAAAGAAAAUAGAUGAACAUUUUAAAACGAGUCCCAAAAUUCCAGGGAUUGACUUGAAUUGCACCCGAGUGAUGUUUAAUAAGCUAAUGACAUCUCAGCAUUCUACAUUGCGUGACCAGAUCUUGAAGAGCUUUGAAAGCUUUUUAAUCCCCCAGCUGCCUAGCUCCCCGCCAGAUGUUGAAGCCAUGAGGAUCUAUCUGAUUCUUCCGGAAUGCCCUCUCUUUCAAGACUCAAAAUAUUACAUAACCUUAACGCUUCCUUUGGCAAUGGCCAUACUGCGCCUGGACAAAAAUCCCAGUAAAGUUUUAGAAAACUGGUGGUCUCAGGUAUGCCCAGAGUAUUUCUUGAAGCUAGUGGAUCUCUAUAAAGAUGUCGUGGUUUAUCUCUUGAAUGGGAAAAAAACACUCCAGGUCCCAGUCUUGUAUAGCAAUUACAUCACAGCUGCAUUAAAACUUCUGGAGAAAUUACAUAAAGUAAAUCAGAAAGCUAACCACAUAGAAUAUGACAAAUUUUAUAUCCCAGAGAUUUCUAAUCUGAUAGAUAUUCAAGAAGACUACCUGAUGUGGUUUUUGCAUCAAGCAAGAGUGAAAGCAAGACCGUCUAUCAUGCAGGACUCUGUGACUCUGUGCUCUUAUCCUUUUAUCUUUGAUGCACAAGCCAAAACGAAGAUGUUGCAGACAGAUGCUAAGCUGCAGAUGCAGGUGGCCAUUAGUGGAGCAAAUCUACAGAAUGUCUUUAUGUUUCUCACCCUGGAGCCCCUUCUGGCUCGAAGCCCAUUCCUGGUCCUUCAUGUUCGCAGAAGCAACUUGGUUGGCGAUGCUCUGAGAGAACUGAGCAUCCAUUCGGAUGUUGACUUGAAAAAGCCUUUGAAGGUGAUCUUUGACGGUGAGGAAGCUGUGGAUGCUGGGGGUGUCACAAAGGAAUUCUUUCUCCUACUAUUGAAAGAGCUCUUGAAUCCCAUCUAUGGAAUGUUCACCUGCUAUUCAGACUCAAAUCUGCUCUGGUUCUCGGAUACUUGUUUCGUUGAGCACAACUGGUUUCACCUAAUUGGCAUCAUCUGUGGACUGGCUAUCUACAACUUUACCGUGGUGGACCUCCACUUUCCACUGGCUUUAUAUAAGAAACUUCUGAAUGCGAAACCCGGCCUGGAUGACUUGAAGGAACUCUCUCCCCUGGAAGGAAGGAGCCUCCAAGAGCUUUUAGAUUAUCCCGGGGAAGACAUCGAAGAAACAUUCUGCCUCUCCUUUACAAUAUGCAAAGAAAGUUAUGGAGUAGUGGAGCAGAAAAACCUUGUUCCUGAUGGAGACAAAAUACCUGUGCAGAACAAUAAUAGACAGGAAUUUGUGGAUGCCUAUGUGAAUUACGUCUUCAACGUCUCAGUGCACGAGUGGUACACUGCUUUCUCAAGUGGCUUCUUGAAGGUUUGUGGUGGGAAGGUGUUUGAACUCUUCCAGCCUACUGAGCUGAGGGCUAUGAUCGUGGGAAGUAGCAAAUACAACUGGAAGGAGCUGGAAGAGAGUGCAAGUUACAAGGGAGAUUAUUCAGCUACACACCCAACUGUACAAAUGUUCUGGGAAACAUUUCACGAAUUCCCUUUAGAAAAGAAGAAGAAAUUUCUUUUGUUCCUGACUGGCAGUGACCGCAUCCCCAUCUACGGCAUGUCCAGUUUACGCAUGAUCAUUCAGUCUACCUCCAGUGACGAGCGGUACCUGCCGGUGGCCCACACCUGCUACAACCUCCUUGACCUGCCCAAAUACAGCAGUAAAGAAACCCUGAGCACGCGACUGACUCAAGCCAUCGACCACUACGAGGGCUUCAGCUUGGCCUGAGCACAAGCCAACUCCCCCCCAACAGAGACCCUUUGAAACUGAAAGAAAACUCUUGUCUUGUUCUUCCUUUUGUAGGGAAAUGGGAGACGUUGCUCAGGGAAGCCGGAAGGAUGGGGAAAGGGAGGAAAAAGGACACUGAAAAUGGUCUAUCGGUGUUUCUUGGGGUUUUAACAUUCACAGUUUUGACCUAUCUCUUAAAUCUUCUUUUAAGUUUAUUGGAUGACUUAUUUCGGUUUAAAAUGGAGAAGGUUCUCUCCUUUGCAGAAUUUCUCCAUUUCCUAUAGUCUGCAGAAAAUGAUCAGUGAGGUAAAUCUUAGCUUUCUGUUUGACCACACAGCUUCCUCUCUGAGAGCUUGCAAGGCAGCAGAGAUCACGCAGAAUUGGAUUACAGGACCUGAAUACUUUACCUUUGGGUUAAUUGUUCAAAGGAGGAGUUGUGUUUUUGUGCAGUGUUUUUUUUUUAAUUUCCCUCUAGGAAUGGGAAUUUCACAGCAUAGUCCAGGGGUGUCAAACUCGAUUUCAUUGAGGGCCGCAUCAGGGUUACCUCAGGAGGGCCGGGGUGGGCAUGGCCAGUUCAACGUCACUCGUUUCCGGGGCACCUGAGGUGGCCAAGUGCUAAGGCAGGACUUCCCUCAGACUUCCCUCACUCUCAUUAUAACCUUCCUCCCUCCCUCCCUUCCCUUCUUUUUUGCUCUCUUCCCAUCUUCCCUUCUUUUUCUUUGUCUUUCUCCUUUCCUGUCCCUUCUUGGAUUCUCAAAUGUAAAAGGGAAAACAUUUCUCCUUUUAUUUUGUUUUUAUUUUGUUUUGCUAGCCCUCUGCCAGCGAAAAUGGAGCUCAUGGGGGAGGGGGGGCACCAAGCUCGGUUUUUGCUGGCAGAGAGUUGCAGGAGGCUGUCGCGGCUGAAAACUGAGCCCCGGAGGACCGCACUCCGUUUUUGCUGGCGGAAGCGCAGCGGGCCAAUCAUUUGCUGUUUCCAGGGCGGCCCCGCAGGCCAGAUUUAAGCUCUUUGAGUUUGACACCCCUGGCAUAGUCCAUGUUUUCCUCCCAUCUCAGUGCGCAGAUGUGUGCAGAUGUGUUCCUUGAAGACUGAACGUCUCUUUGCCAUUCUGUCUGUCUUAUCAAUGGAUGAUGCUUUUUUUUUGUUUUGUGUUAGAAGCAGGCCUUCUCUGCCCCACUGAGAUAGAUCCAGAGCCAAAUGGCAGUGGGGUGAAUGGAAGAAAAAAGACGACCAGUUUCCUUCCUCCCCCACAAAUCUCUCUCACACACGCACGUUUUAUUAUAGAAGUCACAAUGAAUUUUCCCUCCCCUGCCCCCGAUAAUUUUACCAAUUGAUGGUCCAAGCUGAGUUAAAGUUGAUAAUGGCUGAAUCCAUGGAAACUAAUGGAAUCAGUCCACUUGGGUCUGAUGGAGGUAAAACCUAAUUGCAAUCCUGAUCCAGCGCAGCCCUGAAGAGGGUUUUAUUUUUCAGUCAGGCGCGCAAGGUGGACUUUAGUCCUAAUUCAAUUUUUGGUUGGCAUGGAGCCGCCGUACUUGUGUACCUUUUAAUUCAACCGUGUUUUGCACUUUCCCUGAUGAAAAGCUUUAAAAGCAUUAAGGGGUCACUUUGCUGUUUGGGUAGCCAAUGGGCCUCUUUUUACUGCAACUUUGAAAGAACUUUAUCAAAUGCUUUAUUUUGUAUGUGUGUGUACAUAGCUCAAUAUUAGGCAAUAAAUGGACUGUUUCCUUCAGACUUCA